CGGAGCCCUUUGCCUUCGUGGUGGUGGUCAAGCCUAUGAACACGUUGGCCCCGGUGGCUGUCUUUAACCGUGCCGCUGGGCCCCAGAUGAUGCUUUUUGAAGGACAGUCGAGGCCGCUUUCUGGCAACCUUGAAAUCGGUGAUGAAGACAACUUGGAGGAUGUGAAAGUAUGGGUUACAAGGGGACUCAAACAUGGCGAACUCAGGGUUUUGGGUGCUCCGCUUGGUCGCCAGUUUUUUACUGCGGCGGAGUUAGAGGCUGGGCAGGUGAUUUACCAGCAUGAUGGCAGCGAGCACAGCUACAGUGACAACAUUGUCUUCCGUAUGGGGGAUGGACAGCACCAAGUGGAAUUUCUUUAUCCAAUCACCAUUGCCCCUGAUGAUGACCAGGCCCCUCUCCUCAACGCCAACACUGGUUUGGUGCUAAGUGAGCACCACAUGGUCCAGAUUUCUCCUUUUGUCCUCAGUGCCACAGACAUAGACUCUGAUGACUCUACUAUUCGCUUUGUACUGAAAGAGGCUGAAGGGUCUCCAGGUGCAUCCACUCCUCACCAUCUUGGUGAGCUUCUGCUACGUCAGGCAGAGGUUCCACAAUCUUAUGAAAAAGAGGAGUAUGGGGAGGGAGAGAAUGGUAUUGUAUCCUCCUGGCGCUUUGUGGAGAGUGAAGGUGUGUACGAGAAGGUAGUUACUGAGUGGCUGCAACAGGAUAUCCUGGACGGAAAGCUGUUCUACAGGCACACGGGGCCCCAUAGCACCACCCUAGUGAUGGAUCAGUUUGUAUUCUAUCUCCAGGAUGAGAAUGAUCCCCCAAAUCAAUCUGGAGAACAAGAGUUCAUCAUCAAGGUCCAACCAGUAGACAACUUACCUCCAGAGUUGUACCCUGGUGCCACCUUGCAGAUGACGGUCCUAGAAUAUCAGGUGACCCACUUCAGAAAGCGUUACCUGCGCUAUACUGAUUUGGACACAGAUGACAGGGAGCUGAAAUAUACUGUGCUCACACCACCAACUGAUAUUGAUGAAAAUCAUCCUGUGUUGGCUGGGGAGAUUGUGUUGACUGACAGUCCUCUGAUAUCCAUUACACAGUUUACUCAAGCACAAAUCAAUCAUCACAAGGUGGCAUAUAGGCCUCCAGACCAAGAGCUUGGAAUUGCCCCAAGAGUAGUCCAGUUCACUUACAGUGUAGAAGACACAGCAGGUAAUUCUGUCCCAGGCACCUUCAGUUUUUUUCUGCAGCCAGUGGAUAAUCAGCCUCCACAAAUUACCAAUGCUGGCUUCACUGUGCCUGAAGGGGGCAGCUUUCUUCUCACUAGUAGUCAACUUGAUGCCACUGAUAAGGAUACAGACACUGACCGGAUUGUCUUCACUUUAGCUGAGGUACCACAGCAUGGUCACCUACGCUACCUGGAGGAGGGACAGAUGGCACAGGGUGAAUCUUUUCUGUUAGAUGACAUUGCUAAUGGCCGCGUAUCCUACCAACACAAUGGUGAUGAGUAUACAAGUGAUUCCUUUCAGUUGGAAGUGAGUGAUGGAGUCCAUCAAGUGCCUAUCAUUGUUAGGAUUGUUGUUCAGCUAGUGGACGAUGAGCGUCCCAGCAUCACUCUCCCUGGUAGUAAUGGACUUUUGGGGGCCUUUAUUGAUGUCCUGGAAAAUAGCGCCACUGAAAUCACUACUUCUCUUAUUCAGGGUACUGAUGAGGAUACGGAUGAACUGGCGUUAACUUUUAUUGUGGAGGAUCCUCCUAAACUGGGUGACAUCUUAGUGGAUGGAGUGCCCUCUGAGAGGUUCACCCAGCAGGACCUCAUCAGUGGCACAGUAGUAUAUGCUCACACUGGUGGAGAGAUUGGGUUAAGAAAGUUGUCUGAUUCUUUCAAUCUUACUAUCUCCGACCUCUCUAGUGAGUGGGUGGUGGGAGGCAGCACUGUGGAAGGGGUGCGUGUGACUGUGACUAUUUUACCAAUGGACAACAUUGCUCCAGAGGUUAUGAUGGGGGAGGAAUCAUUCACUGUUUAUGAGGGUGGGAAAAAUGCGCUAAGCUUACAGCUCCUAGACGUGGAGGAUGUGGAUACUCCUAGAGAUGACAUCCUGUGCACUAUCCUCACACAGCCCUCUUCUGGAUACCUGGAGAAUAUCUCUCCAGCUCCUGGGUCUGAAAAAUCAAGGGCUGGGACUGCCAUCAGUGCCUUUUCUAUUAAAGAUGUGCGUCUUGGACAUAUCAAUUAUGUGCAGAGCAUCCACAAGGGGGUAGAACCUUUGGAAGACCGAUUUACUUUCCACUGCUCUGAUGGCAUCAAUUUCUCCCCGCGUCACUUCUUUCCUGUUGUCAUUGUCCCGACUAAUGAUGAAAAACCAGAACUGUUUGUACGUGAGUUUGUGGUGCUGGAAGGGAUGAGUUUGGUGAUUGACACUCCUAUUCUUAAUGCUGCUGAUGCUGAUAUUCCCCCAGAUGAGUUACGCUUCUUCAUAACCUUUCUCCCUAAACAUGGACAGAUUGUUCACCAGCUAGCCACUGGCACUGCGUCCAUCCACAAUUUCACCCUGGAUGAAAUCCGGGAAGCAUCCAGCAUUGUUUAUGAGCAUGAUGACUCAGAGACUAAAGAAGAUACUUUCAAAAUCCAAUUGACCGAUGGCCUGCACACUGUGGAACAAGAAGUGUUAAUUAUGGUCAUUUUGGUUGAUGAUGAGACUCCCAGGCUAUCUAUCAAUGAUGGACUUGACAUGGAGAUUGGUGAAUUCAAAGUAAUUACUAAUCGGGACCUCAGUGCCACUGAUAUAGAUUCAGAGGACAAAACGCUCACCUAUAUUAUCCGUUUGUUACCCAGGCAUGGCCUUCUGCAGCGUCUGAGCAAAGAAGGAGAGGUCUUAGGUAACAUUACGUUGGGCAUGAAUUUCACACAAGAUGACAUAGACCAGGGAUGUAUACGCUAUAUUCAUAUUGGCCAACAGGGAGUGCGUGACUUGGUUAAGUUUGAUGUCACUGAUGGUAUAAACCCUUUGAUAGACAGAUAUUUCUAUAUUACCAUCAGUGGCAUUGAUAUGGUGUUCCCUGAGGUGAUCAAUAAGGGGGUAACACUGAAAGAAGGUGGAAAAGUGACUCUCACUACUGAUCUACUCAGCACAAGUGACAUUAACAGCCCUGAUGAGCACCUGCGAUUUAGUAUCACUCGUGCCCCAAUUAGAGGUCAUUUGGAGAAUUCUGACAGACCUGGAGUUCCUGUCACUACCUUCACUCAGCUUCAGCUAGCGGGCAACAAGAUAUAUUACAUCCACACAGCAGAGGAUGAGGUGAAAAUGGACAGCUUUGAGUUUGAAGUAACAGAUGGUUAUAACCCUGUUUUCCGGACUUUCAGAGUUUCCAUUACUGAUGUGGACAAUAAAAAACCAGUUCUAACAAUCCAUGACCUAACAAUUCAAGAAGGAGAAACCAAACUGAUUACCCCUUUUGAGCUGACUGUAGAUGAUCGUGAUACUCCUGACCAUCUACUCCGUUUCAUAAUUACUCAAGUCCCUGUUCAUGGCCAGAUUAUAUAUAACAAUAGCUAUUCUGUGACCAGCUUCACUAAGCAAGACUUAAAUGAGAACAUGAUCUGCUAUAGACAUGAUGGUACAGAAACUAGCCAGGAUAGUUUCUCUUUCACUGUUACUGAUGGAACCCAUUCGGAUUUCUAUGUUUUCCCUGGUACCACCCUUGAAACACGCCACCCUCAGAUGAUGAAAAUCCAGAUCAGUUCCCUGGACAAUGGUAUGCCACAGAUAGUAGUGAAUAAGGGUGCCUCAACUCUGAGAAAUCUUCCAACUGGGCAUCUAGGAUUCUUAAUUACCAGCAAGUCUCUGAAGGCAGAAGAUAGUGACAGCCCACACAAAUUACUGAAGUACAAGAUCACAGAUGGGCCAAAAUAUGGACUCCUAAUUAAUGCUGGCCUAGGAAAUGGAAGUAUUAAAGCCUUCACACAAGCUGAUAUUGACGACAUGAAAAUCUGCUAUGUCUUGAAGGAAGGUGAAAAUGCUACUAGUGAUACCUUCUAUUUCUCAAUCGAAGACAAUGGAGGGAACAAGUUGAAGAGCCAGCUAUUCCGUUUGAACUGGGCUUGGAUUUCUCUGGAAAAGGAAUACUACAUAAUAGAUGAAGACUCCAAAGUCCUGGAGGUAACCCUGAAACGUAGAGGAUAUCUGGGAGAGACAUCAUUCAUUAAAUCUACUGUGUACAUUCCUGGGUCUGAGUAUAGAAUAGAGGAAGAUGUUGGAGAGCUGAUUAUUCCUGUUAGGAGAUCUGGAGAUGUUAGCCAUGAAUUAAUGGUCAUUUGUUCUACCCGUGAAGGCUCUGCUACUGGCACAGUUCCCUCUACUGUCUUGUCAUAUUCUGACUACAUCUCUCGCCCUGAAGACCAUAAGAGCCUCAUUCGCUUCGAUAAGGAUGAGACCGAGAAAACCUGCCGUGUCAUCAUUAUUGAUGAUUCACUUUAUGAAGAAGAUGAAACUUUCAAUGUCACAUUAAGUAUGCCAAUGGGUGGACAAAUUGGAGCAGAAUUCCCCAGCACCAAAGUGAUCAUCCUGGCAGAUACAGAUGAUGAACCUUCUUUUUACUUUGGUGACACGGAAUAUCAUGUGGCUGAGAGUGCUGGUUAUGUGGAAGUUCGUGUUUGGAGAACUGGUACAGACUUAACCAAAGCAGCCACUGUCACAGUGCGUUCCAGGAAAACAGAGCCAAUAUCGGCAGAAGCUGGAGUCGAUUAUGUUGGCAUCAGCCAAAACCUUGAUUUUGCUCCUGGUGUAAAUAUGCAGACCUUCCGUGUCACCAUCUUGGAUGAUUUAGGACAGCCUGUCCUUGAGGGUCCAGAAAAGUUUGAACUUGUUCUCCGGAUGCCCAUGAAUGCUGUGCUUGGGGAGCCAAGCAAAACUACCAUCUUCAUCAACGAUACCAUCUCUGAUAUACCAAAAGUCCAAUUUAAGGAACCUUUGUAUACAGUGAAUGAAAAAGAUGGGCAGCUAAUGGCUAUAAUUUAUCGUAGUGGUGAUGUUAACCAUAAAUCUACAGUCCGCUGCUACACUCGACAAGGUUCUGCACAGGUCAUGAUGGACUACGAGGAGAGACCAAACACCGAUGGCUCUAUAGUGGUUUUCCUCCCAGGAGAGAUUGAAAAGCCUUGUAUGGUGAUCCUAGAAGAUGACGCCAUCUAUGAAGAGGAGGAAGAGUUUAGGCUAGUGCUUGGAACACCAAAAAGCACUUCUAUAUUUGGCGCCUCCAUUGGGGAGCAAAAAGAAACUCUGGUGAAGAUUAAAGAUGAAGAAGACAAACCGGUGAUUAAGUUCUCUGAAAUCAAAUACAACAUUCAAGAACCUCAAGAGGCUGGAGAGAUUGCAGUGGUAAAGAUUCCUGUCUUACGUCUGGGGGAUAGUUCCAAGGUUUCUAUUGUGAGAAUUCAUACUAAAGAUGGUUCAGCUGUCUCUGGAGAAGACUAUAAUCCAAUGUCUGAAGAUAUUGAAUUCAAAGAAGGAGAAAAAGAGCACUUUGUUGAAGUUGAAGUUUUAUAUGAUGGAGUGAGAGAAAUGAGAGAAGCAUUUACAGUACACCUGAAACCUGAUGAAAAUAUGGUAGCUGAGACACAGAUGAACAAAGCCAUUGUGUAUAUUGAAGAAAUGGACAGUGUGGCAGAUGUAACUUUCCCAGCUGUGCCUCAGGUUGUGUCUCUCCUGCUCUAUGAUGACACUGCUAAAAGCAAGGGAAACCCUCAGCCUCCAACUGGCUACCCUGUUGUGUGUGUAACGGCGUGUAACCCCAAAUACUCAGACUAUGACAAGACCGGAUCUAUCUGUGCUGCUGAAAACAUCAAUGACACGCUGACUCUGUAUCGCUGGCUUGUCAGUGCUCCAAGCGGCAAUGAUGGUGUUACCAGCCCCAUGCGCGAAGUGGACUCCAACACUUUCUUCACCAGCACCAAAUUAAUUGCCUUGGACUCCAUAUACUUCCAGGCUGGUUCAAGGGUUCAGUGUGCAGCACGUGCUGUCAACACCAAUGGAAAUGUGGGCUUAGAAUUGCUGAGUCUGAUUUUCACAGUAAACAAGGAAGAAGGUCUUUGCCAGCCUCGCAUACCAGGAACAGUAGGAGCAGAGCCUUUCUCAGCCAAAAUACGCUACACAGGUCCUGAUGAUCCUGACUACCCCAAUCUGAUCAAAUUAACAGUUACAGUGCCUCAUAUGGACGGAAUGUUGCCGGUCAUCUCGACCAGACCUUUGACCAACUUUGAGCUGACACUCAGUCCUGACGGCACUCGAGUAGGCAACCACAAAUGCUCCAACCUCUUGGAUUAUAAUGAGGUCCAGACAAAAUACGGCUUCAUCACAGACAACACCAAGAAUCCAGAAGUGAUUGGAGAAACUUCGCCCUACCAGUAUAGCAGCGCCAUACGGUCUGCUAAGACUUUGCGUUUCUACCGUAAUCUCAACCUGGAGGCCUGCCUGUGGGAGUUUAACAGCUACUAUGACAUGUCCGAGCUGCUGACUGACUGCAGCGGCUCCAUUGGCACAGACGGUCAGGUGUUAAAUCUGGUGCAGUCGUAUGUGACUCUGCGAGUGCCCCUCUUCGUCUCCUACGUCUUCCAUUCGCCUGCUGCUGUAGGUGGCUGGCAGCAUUUUGACCUGCAGUCUGAGUUGAGACUCACCUUUGUGUACGACACUGCCAUCCUAUGGAAGGAUGGCAUUGGGAGCCCCCCCGAAGCAGAGCUCCAAGGCUACCUCUAUCCCACCAGCAUGCAAAUCAAUGACGAAGGGCGUCUGGUAGUGUAUUUCAGGACUGAGAUUCGGUUCAGGGGGCAAUUUGUCAUGUCCCACCCAGGUACGUCUCUGUCUUCAAUGGUGAUGUCUGCUGAUCACCCUGGCCUCACGUUCACACUGAGCCUUUCUCAAAGUGAGCAAACUUUCCACCAGCCGAUGCAGCAGUGGAAAUUCAUUUCAGAUUAUGCUGUACGUGACUAUUCUGGUACUUACACUGUAAAAAUUAUUCCUUGUACUGCCGCACCCAGCCAGGAAUAUACGCAGCCUGUCAUCUGUAGCCCACGGGAACCUAUCACCUUUGAUCUAGAUAUCAGGUUCCAGCAGGUCAGUGAUCCAGUAGCAGCUGAAUUCAGCCUCAACACCCAAAUGUUCUUGCUGUCUAAGAAGGACCUCUGGCUCUCUGAUGGGUCCAUGGGCUUUGGGGGAGGAACUGAUGUUGCCUUCAUAGAAGGCUCUGAAAUCUAUGGUCGCGUCAUGGUCGAUCCUGUUCAGAAUUUAGGAGACUCUUUCAUGUGUACCAUUGAGAAGGUGUUUCUGUGCACUGGGGCUGAUGGGUACGUCCCCAAGUAUAAUCCAGAUAACCAAGAGUACGGCUGCCUAGCUGACUCCUCUUCCUUGUUGUAUAGAUUCAAGAUUCUGGAUAAAGCUCAACCAGAUACACAAGCCAAAGUUUUUGGCGAUAAGGCCUUCCUUGCAAAAUUAGCAGUUGACCAUGUAGAUGGUUAUCCUUUGGUAAAGCAGCCUGGAUCCGAUGGAUUCAGCCUACUGUCGACUCCGCUAUUCCAGGUAGCAGCCGGCCGAGAGUGGUACAUCCAUACUAUUUACGUGGUUCGGUCACGUGAAAAUGCCCACAAAGGUCUAGGAAAGAGAAGUGUCGAGUACCAUCAUGCUCUGUCUUCAGCUAAUGGACUCCCUGGUGCUACACAUCUAAGGCGCAUACGGAGGGCCACCUCCGAGAGCCCUGCUUUUGCAGAAGAUAUCGGGGCAGAUAAGAACAGAGGCACCAACAUCCAGCACAUAGCUCUUGAUCGGUCCAACAAAGUUACCGUCAACCAGAAAGGUCUGUCCCCAGCUGAUAAAGCUUAUGAAAAGCCAGUCUUGGAAAUUACAGGCAAUGAUGUAGAAGACAAGCUCAUACCCGUUGUUGGAGGGGCAGUUGGGCUGCUGCUUCUGAUCUGCACUGUUUUGAUUAUUGUCUUCCUUCUGAAACGAAAGGGACGUUCUACUGCUGGGAAAGCAGAUUCAUCCAACUAUUCCAGCAGCAAUGAAACUGUGACUACACAGCGCAGCAACGGCUCUGAAGUUUAAUUACACUGCAAGGAUGAGCUUAUCCUUUGAAGGUGCAGCGUUUCAUCACAGAAACAAGAAUUUGGGUGUUGCCUCUGCAGACUUGGAACUGGCUGCUGUGGUUUUGAUGCUAGGUUGUGUGUGAGUCCAGCUUACAAAACAUGUAGCGAACAUGAAGUGUAUAUUAAGUGUGAAUGGCUUAUUUAUAACUUUUUUUCCAGGAACACAAAUGCCUGGAAU